UAUCACAGAGUGCACAAAACACAGGGGGUAAUAUGAAAGGGCAUUAUAGUCAUUUCAACUUAUAGUCAACAGAUUAGUCAAUAAAUUUGAGGCCGGGGGGGUAAGGUUGCGAGAUAACAGUGAAUAGUGGGGGGUAAAAUUGCAAUUAUUUCCUUAAGGGGUAAGGGUGUUAAUGACCCCUAACCUCAUGAGGUAAAAUUACAGUUUACUGAAUAUAUCAAGGUAGAAUAAUUAGUUAGCCAUUGCAAAAAAGAAAUGUUUUGAGUUUGGUAUGUAACAAAGAAAAAAUAGGUGUAGGGAUAAACUAAUUUGUCUGGACGCUCGACCCCAAGCAGUCAAACAAAAACACCAUUUUCCUGAGCUGAGCUGCAGGCAGACUGUUCUCCUCCUCACCCCCAAAUUAAAUUACUCUUAUUAUUUUAUUCACCGAAUCUUAAAGUUGCUGCUAAGCAUUAUUAAUUAAUUAAUUAUUAAAAUAUACAGAUAUAGAUGGAGUAGUAUAUUUUUGUUGCUUUGGAUUCUUGGUGAAGAUCGUGCCUGCCAGCCAGCUUUUCCCAAGAACGAAAAUGGGUGCCAUACCCUCCUUUUACUAGAAAAAUUAUCCUUUUUCUCUGACUUGUAUCAAACAUUCCAACCCACAAGCAAAGAUGAGGAGGAGGCCUUUGCUCUUUGUCUUUCUCAUCUUGGCUCCAAGCUUCAUCAAUGGCGACACAGAUCCGUCUGAUGCCUCUGCUCUGAGGGUCAUGUACCAGGGGUUGAACUCCCCUGGGCAGUUGACCAAAUGGACCUCAAAUGGUGGGGAUCCAUGUGGAGACAAUUGGAAAGGUGUUAAAUGUUCAGCUUCAAGAGUCACAGAAAUCAACCUAUCUGGUCUUGGCCUCUCUGGUAAUUUAGGGUAUCAGCUUACAAGUUUGACUUCAUUAACCAAUUUCGAUAUAAGCAACAAUAAUCUUGGAAACCAGAUACCUUAUAACCUUCCUCCAAAGUUGCAGAGAUUAAACAUAGCUGGAUGUGGAUUCAGUGGCAGCCUUCCAUAUUCCAUAUCACUAAUGACUUCUCUAAAAUACUUAAAUGCUGCUCGCAAUCAACUAAACGGCGAAUUGCCAGAUAUGUUUGGAAAACUUUCAGAUUUAUCCACAUUGGAUCUAUCUUUUAAUUCUUUAACGGGUGAUCUUCCUGAAAGCUUCAGCUCACUGUCCAGUGCAACUGAUAUGUCUUUACAAAACAACCAGUUUACAGGAACUAUCAAUGUCCUUGCUGAUCUUCCUCUUAAACACCUGAAUGUUGCCAAUAACAAAUUCAGUGGAUGGGUUCCUAGUCAAUUAAAAAACAUAGAUCUGCAAAAGGACGGUAACUCAUGGAACUCAGGGAACGCACCCCCACCUCCACCGGGAACACCAGCAGCUGGUCGAAACCACCAACCGAGCGGCAACAGGAGCCCACCUACAAAUAAUUCUAGUGAUGGUGGCAAGAAAUCUGGGGUCAGUGGUGGAGCUAUUGCUGGUAUUGUGGUAUCCGUUUUGGUUGUUGGUGCUGUCAUUGCAUUCUUUUUGUUAAAAAAAAGAUCCAAAAAAGCACAUACUGACAUUGAAAAAACGGAGAACCAGCCUUUUACUCCUCUUGCCUCACAGCCACAGGGAGUUCAAGAAAUGAAAUCUGUUCAAGCUUCCUCAAACGAAAACAUAAAAUCAUUUGAAGUUCCGGCUGCAAUUAGUCUUAAACCACCACCAAUGGAACGCCAUAAAUCAUUUGAUGAUGAUGAUUUCUCAGCAAAACCUGCGGUCCCCAAGAAGAAAAGUGUAGCUCCUACAAACGUCAUAUCAUAUUCAAUAGCAGAUCUUCAAAUAGCAACGGAUAGCUUUAGUGCCGAUAACCUUGUUGGCGAGGGGUCCACUGGACGUGUUUUCCGUGCUCAGUUUGAAGAUGGAAAGGUGGUUGCUAUAAAGAAGAUAAAUUCAUCAGCUCUAAGUGGUGAUAUGUCAGAAAAUUUCAUCGAUAUAGUUUCAGAUAUAUCACGGUUACGCCACCCGAAUGUGACAGAACUUGUCGGGUAUUGCUGUGAGCAUGGGCAGCACCUGCUGGUUUACGAGUUUAUUAAAAAUGGUUCACUCUAUGAUUUCCUGCACCUAUCAGAUGAAUACAACAGCAAGCCAUUAACAUGGAAUAACCGCGUGAAGAUUGCUUUAGGCGCAGCACGUGCAUUGGAAUAUCUGCAUGAAGUAUGCUCACCAUCCGUUAUUCAUAAAAGUAUAAAAUCUGCCAACAUUUUGCUGGACUCAGAGCUUAACCCUCACAUUUCCGACUGUGGUUUAGCAAGCCUCGUUCCAGAUGCAGAUCAGGAAUUGGAUAAUAGUGCCCCAGAGGUUUCGAUGUCUGGUCAGUACACAGUAAAAAGUGACGUCUUUGGAUUUGGCGUCACCAUGUUGGAACUGCUCACAGGAAGAAAACCAUUUGAUAGCUCAAGGACAAGAUCUGAGCAAUCAUUAGUCCGAUGGGCAACGCCUCAACUUCACGACAUUGAUGCCCUUGCUAAGAUGGUUGAUCCUGCACUGAAAGGACUUUAUCCAGUUAAAUCUCUCUCGAGGUUUGCGGAUGUAAUUGCUCUCUGUGUGCAGCCGGAGCCUGAGUUCCGACCACCCAUGUCGGAAGUGGUGGAGGCAUUGGUUAGACUUGUGCAGAGGACAGACAUGAGCAAGAGAACAGUUGGUAAUGAUGUACGUCACGACAACAACCAGGAGUCAUAUGAACCUUGAACAUAAUUUAUUUCCAUUCCCAAGUCUCUUCUAUUUGUAUUGUGGAAUUUAUUUGUUGGUCGGUCUCUUGUAUUUUAUUUGUAUUGUGUUGUUUGUAAAGGAAAUGAUGUUUGGAAGUUGGAAUCUGACUAGGAGAUUUGCUUUGUUUUUGGGGUUCCUUUAUAUGCCAAAUGAGGGAUGUUCUUGAUCAAA